AUGUCCUUGGGUGCAACAACCGACCAGCCCUCCGCUUGGUGGAGGGCCUGGUCGUCGAUGACCAUGUUCGAGAUCGGUGCGCUGUGUCGCGGCUUUCUUCUGGGAUUGAGCGAAUUGGAAGUACAUGGACUAGACUCGUUUACGAAACUACUCGAUGAGCGGCGGGAUCCUUCGCAAAGAACGCGUGGGUUGAUUACCGUAUCGAAUCACAUUAGCGUUAUGGAUGACCCUUUGAUCUGGGGGGCUUUACCGUUCAGAUACCACUUCAAUCUUCCGUCUUAUAAUCGCCGAUGGGCCUUUGGCAGUCACGAUAUCUGUUGGGCUACACGUGCUAGCGGUGCCUUCUUCACGCUCGGACAAGUUCUCCCAACGCACCGUCUUACCUACUCACCUCACGGCGGCCUAUUCCAAUCUACGAUGACGCAAGGAAUCCGGCUGUUGUCCAAAGGGCCGUUUCCUGCAGAUCCUCACUUUGCAAACAUCGAACGUCAACGCUGGAGUCUUCAGAAUGUCUGCGUUGAUCCGUUCUCCGACCUUCCCACCGCAUACACCACCACCGGCGAGGACUCGAUCCUCGCGCCAUCUUCAUAUUCUUGCAAUUCAUAUUCCUGGGUUCAUAUUUUUCCAGAAGGGAAGAUCCACCAGUCGCCGAAGAAGAUCAUGCGCUACUUCAAAUGGGGCGUCUCUCGGCUCAUCCUGGAGUCAUCUGAAUGCCCCGACGUGGUGCCAAUCUGGAUAGAAGGCACCGAUGAAGUCAUGCACGAGGACCGCGACUUUCCGCGCUUUUUACCCCGCCCUUUCAAACGCAUAAGCAUCACGUUUGGCGACAAAGCCGACAUCGAUGCGGUAUUCGGUGACUUGCGGCGGCGAUGGAGGCAACUCAAGGAAAAAGCAGAGAAGAAGAACCCCGCUGUAUCACAGCUACCGCUGGGUGUGUUGAGUGAGGAACUGAUGUUCGGAGAGGAAGCAGUCGAACUGCGAAAGGAGUGCACACGCAAGGUGCGCGACCUCGUCGUCGAGCUGAGGCGGUCGCGAGGUCUGUCAGACGAAGACCCCAAGGCAAGCCUCGCUGACACGUGGGCCCACGAGGGUCCCAAGAGGGAAGGCAAGAUGAACGAUGAAUCCUGGGUGCGGGACACCUGA